UGUGCUGAAAGAAAAGCUUAUCCAGACUGUGAAGUGACAUGCUCUGGAUUUAGGAAACUAACGGCAGACUGGAGCAGGGAGCAGGACUCUAUAGCCUACUUUGAGAGAUCUUUGGACUUUGGAGAUCUUGAUUUGAUCUCUUCGACGUUUUCCCGAGGAUGACAGAAAAAUAAAACUGUUGUUGGAUCGAUUGACAAAUCAAUUGUGCGGGGGCGGUAUCUCUGACUCUAAAGUCUAUUUCCCCCACAGAUCAUGCCACGUUUGAGUUCACGCCUGUAACAUCGUCAUCCUCCUGCGUAACACACAGCUGCUGUCAGACAUCUCAAGCCGAAAAGUUACUCAAGUUGUCUCUUAUUUUCCAGAUUUUUUUUUUUUUGUUCUUCUUCUUCUUCUUCUGAUCUCAGUAGCAUCGAGUCCUUCAGCCGUGACCCUGCUGUCCGCCGCCGGUCCGCCCCAGCAUGCUGGACUGACGUCUGAGGAAUGGCAUCGGCUGUGUUUGAGGGCACGUCGCUGGUCAACAUGUUUGUCCGGGACUGCUGGGUCAACGGGAUCCGGAGACUCAUCAUCAGCCAGCGGGGAGAGGAAGAGGACUUCUUCGAGAUACGGACAGAGUGGUCCGACAGGAACAUUUUAUACUUGCAUCGGAGUUAUUCCGAUCUGGGGCGGCUGAUUAAAAGACUGGUAGAGUGCUUUCCUGAGGACAGAAGAGAGCUCUCCAAGUCUCCACUGAUAGAAGGGCUGGUAAAAAUCAAAGAGGCAAAUGACAUUGAGGAGAAAUUAAAUGAGGUGGAAAGACUACUGAAGAACGCCAUCAACAUGCCGUGCAAGUAUUCCAGGUCAGAGGUGAUGUUGACUUUCUUCGAGCGAUCGCCGCUGGACCAGGUGCUGAGGAAUGACAAAGUCCACCGAAUCCAGCCGUGUUUUCAGAGUCCAAUCAAGAUAUCAGAAAUCAUGCGGUCAAAUGGAUUCUGUCUGGCCAAUACAGAAACCAUCGUAUUUGAUCUCCCGGAAGAAAAAGAGAGACCCUCAUCCACCGACUCUGUGGAAGAUACGUAUGAGGAUGGAACAGAGUUUUUGCCAAUGGAAGCAGACCUGUGUGAUGAGGAAACAGAAGCGUAUGUCACCAACCUUUCCUACUACCAUCUGGUCCCAUUUGAAACUGACAUCCUGGAAUGAACAACUGAUGCCUGUUGAUGGACAUCUGAUGCUGUUACUGAGGAAUAUGUACUCUUAAAGUGGAGCCUAUAGCUAUGUAAUGUUGCAUAUAGCUACUCCAAGUAUAUGCUGCUCAUCCUAGAAAACUCUAGAGUUGCGUGUCGCCCAUCUUGGAGUGGGGCAGAUGUACAGUGCGCACCAAAAUAUUGGAAGAAUGCAACAGCUGCCCCAUUACUUUUGUUUUUGCCACUUUGACGACGUCAUCACCAGUGUGCCUCAUUCAGAGCCUUACUUGACUGUGUCGAGAAGAAACAGGAUUGUCUUUAUACUGGCUACGCAGGGCUUUCACGUGUUGUUACACAAUCUGUGGCAGCAACAAUGGAGGUGCUUGAGUCAUGAGACAGAUGCAAACAGCUGGAGAGGUUUCAAAACACGCAGCUUGACCACUUCAAAAGUAGGAAAACGUUUGUCUGUAGUUUGGAGUGUGAGUGCAACAAGAGGGGGGAGGGCCACACGGCAGCCUACAGUAUUGGACCUUUCACUGUUACUUAAAAAAAUGUAGCUGAAUCGACCAGCAUGCCUUCUUUUUCUAUCUCAAUUGUUUUAUCUGUUGUGUUUAUCCUCCAUAAUGGCAUCGGCCCGAUUUGCCAGGAGAUAUGUGAUGCAUCUGCAAAGCCUAUUGUCUUCUCAUUGAAACUGCUCCCUGAUGUGUUAUCCUCAGUGUUACCACUCUGGUGUAUACAGGAAGCUGUCACAGAGAUAUGUGUAUCAUAUUUGUUUAUGGUGCACUUUCCACCAGCAUGUAGGAACCUUUUGUGUUUGUAAAAGACCAGCUUGAAACGUAUUGGAUGAUUCCUGUUUUGUUGCUGUGAUAUGCAGUUGGUUUUACAAACGCGAGAAGUUUCACUACAAAUAAAGAAUAGAAGUCAAGGGGCAAAUUUUGUCCAUAGUCUUCUUGUUUUUAGCAUUAAAAAGUUGAUAGUAAAUGGUGCAAGAAUAAUUAUGCUUUUAUGCUAAUGAACUCACUUGGUUUUUGGAUUACUGUGGAGUUAAAGAAU